UGCUUCUUGAACAAGGCUGGCACUACUUCACAGACCUUCCUCAGAGCCACUUUCAGAAGAGCCAGUUUCUCUGGUUAGCCCCAGAGCUGCCUUGAGGAGCCUGGAGGUUUGAAAAUGAACCCCACGGAUAUAGCAGACACCACGCUGGAUGAAAUCAUCUAUAGCAAUUACUAUUUCAAUGACAAUAUCCCCAAGCCUUGCACCAAAGAAGGCAUCAAGGCAUUUGGGGGGCUCUUCCUGCCCCCCCUCUACUCCUUGGUCUUUCUGUUUGGUCUGCUUGGCAAUUCCGUGGUGGUUGUGGUCCUCUUCAAGUACAAGCGGCUCAGGUCCAUGACUGACGUGUACCUGCUCAACCUUGCCAUCUCCGACCUGCUCUUUGUGCUCUCCCUCCCUUUCUGGGGCUACUAUGCUGCAGACCAGUGGGUUUUUGGACUAGGUCUCUGCAAGAUUAUUUCCUGGAUGUACUUGGUGGGCUUUUACAGUGGCAUAUUCUUCAUCAUGCUCAUGAGCAUUGAUAGAUACCUGGCAAUCGUGCACGCAGUGUUUGCCUUAAGAGCGAGGACUGUGACUUACGGGGUCAUCACCAGCUUGGUCACAUGGUCUGUGGCUGUCCUGGCCUCCCUCCCAGGCCUUUUAUUCAGCACUUGUUAUACAGAGCGCAACCAUACCUAUUGCAAGACCAAGUACUCGUUCAACUCCACAAGCUGGAAGGUCCUGAGCUCCCUGGAGAUCAACGUCUUAGGCUUGGUGAUUCCCUUAGGGAUCAUGCUGUUUUGCUACUCCAUGAUCAUCAGGACCUUGCAGCACUGUAAGAACGAGAAGAAGAACAAGGCGAUGAAGAUGAUCUUCGCCGUGGUGGUCCUUUUCCUGGGGUUCUGGACGCCGUACAACGUAGUGCUCUUCCUGGAGACCCUGGUCGAGUUAGAGGUCCUGCAGGACUGCACCUUUGAAAGACACCUGGACUAUGCCAUUCAGGCCACAGAGACCCUGGCUUUUGUUCACUGCUGCCUUAAUCCAGUCAUCUACUUCUUCCUGGGGGAGAAGUUUCGCAAGUACAUCGUACAGCUCUUCAAAACCUGCAGGGGCUCUUUUGUGCUCUGCCAAUACUGUAGGCUCCUCCAAAUUUACUCCCCCGACACCCCCAGCUCAUCUUACACGCAGUCCACCGUGGAUCACGAUCUCCAUGACGCUCUGUAAAAAUGCAAGAACCAGAGUUAGUAAGUUUCCCAAGUUAAGAGCUUAGGUAACAUUGUGUUAUAGUAAGAGAUCCCCGAGCAGGUGUCAGGAACAUUUACAUCCACUGCAGAAAGUGGGGCUUCUUACCCUGAAGUCAGCUUUUCCUCUUGCCACACACCAGUUCAGG